CAGGAACUCAUCCAACCAAGUCCCAGCACUUCUACAAACAGCCAAUAGGACCAUCACAAAUCCAUCCACGUGACCCUCCCCCUUCUCACACCAAAAUGGUCGUCACAGUACCCACUGCCUCCCUCGAAGGGCAGGUCGCCCUCAUCACCGGCGCCGGUCGCGGUAUCGGCCGUGGCUGCGCCAUCGAGCUCGGCAAGCGCGGCGCGUCUGUCAUCGUCAACUAUGUCUCCUCGGAAGGACCCGCCCAAGAAGUCGUCAAGAUUAUCGAGGGUUUCGGCAACGGCGCCAAGGCUGUCGCGAUCCAGGCCGACGUCAGCAAGGUCUCUGAGAUCAUCAGACUUUUCGAGGAGGGCAAGAAGGCGUUUGGCAAGAUCAACAUCGUCAUGUCCAACUCCGGCACCGAGUCCUGGGAUGUCACAGAGGAGAUUACCGAGGAGAAGUACGACCACGUCUUCAACCUGAACACGCGUGCACAGUUCUUCGUCGGUCAGACAGCGUACAAGUACAUCGAAGACAACGGCCGCAUCAUCCUCAUGAGCUCCAUCGCCGCGGGCCUGCUGGGCGUCAAGGACCACGCGCUCUACAACGCAUCGAAGAUGGCCGUCAUUGGGUUCAUCAAGGCGUUCGCGACCGACUUCGGAAAGCGCGGUAUCACAGUCAACGGUGUGGCACCUGGAGGCAUCAAGUCAGACAUGUUCACCCAGAACGCGUGGCACUACAUCCCAGGCGGCUCGCCUGACUGGCCGGCGGAGAAGAUCGAGGGUUUGAUGGCGAGCCACUGCCCGCUCGGCCGUUGCGCGGUACCUGAGGAUGUGGCGAGGGUCGUCGCCUUCCUGGCGAGCGAGGACGGUGGUUGGGUCAACGGUCAGGUGUUGACCAUCUCGGGUGGAUCAUCGCAGUAGAGCUGUGAAUUUCUUUGUUCU